CCAGAAAAGUGCCUGAAAGUGAAGAAAACGAACUGGAUUUUCAUAUUAUAUCAUUUUAAAUGCUUCGACUGCAUAAAUGAUAUGCGAAACGUGUGCAAUUAUUACUACGACAAGAAGUGAAGUUGGGACCUGGUUCUGUGAUCUGUGAUCUACAUAUGCUAUGUUCCUAGCCAAUAUCGUUUGAUUAUCAACGUUACCACACACACACACAUGCGGACACGUGGCAAUGGAAAUUGGUGUGAUAGCUGAGCCAGCGUUAAAGAGUGCAAUUAGUAAUCGAGCAAAGCGACGGACGACGUCGGCCAACUGAGUUUUCAUUCAUCACUUUUUUUGUUGUUGGCAAACGAAACAGCGAGAAAUAGCGAUCAAACGAGAGACAAGAAAUCAUCGAAAGAGCGAUAAACAUGCGGAACGGUUUCAGCAAUGCCAUGCGGCAGCCCACAGAGGAUAAUGCGCACAGCAGCUUUGAGCUGGAUGAGCAUGAGCCGCAGCUGGAGGCAAGCAAAGCGACUGCAACCAGCAGCGAGCAGAGUAGCUUGACAGCAGGAGCAGCAGCAGCCAACACAACCACAAACACAGCCAACGACAGCAGGACAAAGCAGGACGAAUCGGAUAUAAGCGAUCGAACGGAUACGCAGAGCACGCACAGCAGCAGCUCAACGCCAACCACAGCGGAUGUGGCCGAUGUGGCAGCCGAUGCGGAAACCAUCAACUCGUUGCCCCUCUCCCCGGCCAUCUAUGGUCGGGGCGGUCAGCUUGUCAAGCGUCAUUCCUCCACAACCAAGCAGCAACAAACUGAUAAUCUUUCCGCUUCGAUAGCCACAACCAGCGAUGUGCCCGACCAGGAUAAUGUGCCGACGUCAUCACGGUAUGCGGCCACGCAUCCCAGCGCUGCGAUUGCCGAGACAAACGCACCGAUUGCCAGCAAUACCAGAACAUCAGGCGGCACACAUCGACGCACUCUCUCCUCCACAUCGUACAUCUCGAUGCGUUCACAACUGGGCGCCACAGGAGCGACAACGCCGCCAGAGCCGCCGCGACGCAAUCGUUUCUUUGAGUGGAUACGCGUCGUCUGUAAGAUGUGCUGUUGCAAGAGUUCGGGAAUUGGCGAGCCAAGUGUGCAUCAUGCGCUGGUUGUGAUAUUUUUAGAGUUCUUUGCGUGGGGUCUGCUCACCAUGCCCAUUAUAUCGACCCUGAAUCGCACUUUCCCCGAUCACACGUUCCUUAUGAACGGCCUGGUGAUGGGCAUCAAAGGCAUACUGUCAUUCCUAUCGGCGCCAUUGAUUGGCGCUCUGUCCGACAUUUGGGGUCGCAAAUUUUUCCUAUUAGUCACAGUAUUCUUCACUUGUAUGCCCAUACCGUUGAUGUGCAUAAAUACCUGGUGGUUCUUUGCCUUGAUCUCAAUUAGCGGCGUUUUUGCCGUCACCUUUUCGGUGGUGUUCGCUUAUGUGGCCGAUGUGACCACACCGGAGGAGCGCUCCAAGGCGUAUGGCCUGGCUUCGGCCACAUUUGCGGCCAGUCUGGUCAUAUCACCCGCACUUGGCAAUGCUCUGAUGGACAUGUAUGGCGAUACGUUGGUCGUCGCCCUGUCCACAGCGAUUGCCGUGCUGGAUGUCUUCUUCAUACUGGUUGCGGUGCCGGAGAGUUUGUCGGAAAAGAUGCGGCCAGCAUCGUGGGGUGCGCCCAUCAGUUGGGAGCAAGCAGAUCCCUUUCUGGCACUGCGCAAGGUGGGCACAGAUAAGACCGUCUUAAUGCUGUGCUUAACGGUGCUGCUUUCCUAUCUGCCCGAAGCUGGCGAGUACUCCUGCAUGUUUGUCUAUCUGAAGCUGAAAAUGGGCUUCAACUAUGUUGAAGUAUCCAUUUUCAUUGCUGUCGUUGGCAUUCUCAGCAUCACAGUACAAGUUACGCUUGGCUCUUUUAUGAAAGUACUUGGCGCCAAGCGCACAAUCAUUGUGGGCCUAGCCCUUGAAUUAGUUCAACUGCUUUGGUAUGGUUUGGGCAGUCAAAAAUGGAUGAUGUGGUCAGCUGGCGUUGUCGCUGCCUUGGGAUCUAUCACCUAUCCAGCUAUAAGUGCAUUUGUAUCACUUUAUGCCGCUCCCGAAAGUCAAGGUGCCGUUCAGGGAAUGAUCACCGGCAUGCGAGGCCUGUGCAAUGGCUUGGGACCAGCGGUAUUUGGCGUCAUCUUUUAUUUGUUUAAUGUUGACUUGAAUGUCGAUCAAGAUUCCUAUGUGAAGAGCAGUCAUACGAGUGUUGAAAAAAUCUCACAUCAUGUGCCGGGGCCGCCGUUUGUCUUCGGUGCAUUGUGUGUCUUCUGUGCCAUUGUCGUGGCUGCUUUCAUACCCGAGGGCCAGCAAACGACAUUGGAAAAGAAACGUGCCUCGCUUGAUGUGCAGUACGAGAUCGAAACUGGCCACAAAGUGCCCAGCUCGUUGGCGCCUCUAAUACGCUCCGAUUCGCUGGCGCAACUGUAGUUCGACAUGGCCGACACGACCACGCCCAUGCCCAUGCCCACGCCCACACCAACACCAAUAUUGUCACACAAUCGCAAAACAGCUGGUGUCUAUACAAUUUAGUGUAACUGUAAACAACAAAAAAAUGCUGUAUCUAGUUUUUGCUUUAGUUUAUGAACUGCAAACCACAUCAACAAAAAAUCCCCCAAAAACCCCAGCGCUAAGUUAGGAUUUCUAGGUUUACUUCGACUAAAGAUGCUGUUAUUAUUUUCCUUGCCGCGUGUGAUUUGCUAUUUAACAACAAAAAAACAACAACAACUAACUGUAAUUGUGCACGACCUCAGAGUUAUUUAAAUAAUAGUAUGAUUGUAUGUAUUUUACGAGUAUAUUUUACACUUCACGUUUAGUUAAUUUUAGAGUCGAUCCAUUCUUCUUAUUUUUCGUGCUUGCCUCGUGGCCCGCUAAACAAAUUAAUUUUCGAAUUCAAUUGAAUGUAACAUCACAGGAACAAGUGUUUUUUAGCAUACAUAAACACACUCUCUUUUUUUAUUAUUUUUAUAUAUAUCAAAACAAAAAACUGCCAAAUAAACAGAAGAAAUACAAUUAUUAUUAUUUUUUUGUGAGAUGUGCAGCACAAGAAAUCUAUUUCGGGUUAUAUCAAAUGUUUUUUAGGCGGCCACAAAUAACAAUUGUACACAUAUAUUUAUAUAAACAAAUAUAUUUAUAUAUAGAAUUGUUUAAUUGAUCAGUAAUAUCAGUAAUCCGCAGCAUUGUUCAUGGUUUGUUAUAUUUACGCGUAGAAGACACAACAAAUUAUUAAAUUAUAGAUUUAACUGUGUAGUAAGCUUUACUUUGCAAAUUUUUAGUGUGAUCUGAGGAACAUAAGAGUCAAACUGUUCGAGUCGAGUCGAGUCGUAAACGAAAAACAAAAUAAAUAAAACGCAAAUAAUACAAAAAAAUAUAUAAAUCUAAUAAUAAAUCUGGAGCUAUAGAUUUUAUUUUGUUAAAACAAAAUAUAAACUGAAUUAUUAUUUACAAAUUAAACAAGGCUUAGCGUAAUACAAAAAAAAA